AUGUCGGUCCUUUUCACCAGUAUAUCAGAAAACAAUCCUGUUAAGGCUGGAGACGCCGAGGCACUUAUAGAGCCUCUAGGCCUUACUAUUGACCCUUCAGAAUCGAAGGACUUCCAAACAUUGCUAGCAGCGGUCCAUGAUUGUGCAGAAGGUAUCGCUGCUCUUCCAGACUAUCAGCCAAUUCCUGAUCAGCUCAAAUAUCCGCGGGAGAAUGUCCACCGACCAUGUGAAGAAGAGCAGGUGCUCGGGCAAGCCUGGGCGCACCGGUUUCUCAUUCGAGGAAAGGAAGGGGGCGUACUGAGUGGAAAAUCAGUCAGUCUCAAAGAUGUGAUCGCAGUAGCUGGAGUACCCCAGUUACUUGGCAGUGAUAUCAUCCCGUCAUGGACGCCCAAAACCGAUGCAACAGUUGUCACAAGACUUCUAGAGGCUGGGGCAGAUAUCCAUGGGACGUCUACAUGCGAAAAUAUGUGCCAUUCUACUUCAUCAUACACGAGUGCGCAGGGGACUGUGGAGAAUCCCCACGCGACAGGCUACUCCGCUGGAGGAAGUACAUCGGGAGGUGCCGCUCUAGUCGCCGCAGAGCUAGUUGAUAUUACUAUUGGAGGUGAUCAGGGUGGAAGUAUUCGAGUUCCGGCUUCAUUUUGUGGAUGUGUCGGCUUGAAGCCAACAUUUGGACGUGUUCCCUACACUGGAGUUGCAAGUGGAGAUGCCAUGAAUGACCAUGUAGGUCCGUUGGCCCGCACAACCAUGGAAGUUGCAAAAUGUCUGGAUGCCAUCAGUGGAUAUGAUGGCAUCGAUGACAGAUCAAUGGGUAGCUUAAAGCCGGGCUCAACUAGCUUUGCAACCUCUAUUAAGGAUACAGAGAGACUAGAUGGUUUGCGUGUUGGAAUUCUCAAAGAAGGAUUCGAGCAUGAUGCUGUUUCAUCUAGUGUUCGACAUUCUGUGUUGACCGCCGCAAAGAAAUUUCAAGAUUUAGGCGCAACCGUCGAAGAGAUUUCCCUUCCAGAUCAUUUGCACGGACCCGCAAUCUGGACAAUUCAACAGCGAGUAGCCGGUGCGCAGACUCUAUUAGGUCAAAAUACAGGGCGGCGCGGUCUGUCUAUGACCGAAAUGGAGCGAACACGACUACCUUGGACUGAUGAGGGAUUUCAGCGGGCAUUCCCAUCCACUAAGAACGUUAUUAUCAAUGGCCUUUAUCUCAUGUCUCAGUUCCCGGACCUCUAUGGAAAGACCGCAAAUAUCGGGCGCCAGCUGAGCGAUAAAUACGAGGCAUUGUUUGCAAAUUACGAUGUGAUUGUGAUGCCUACAACGCCAGUUGUGGCUCCCAAGCAUGGCAAGCGAGGCCAACCAGUGGAUUCGCUUAAACCAAGUAUGGGGUUGACAAUCAAUACUGCCAUCUUCAAUGUGACGGGACACCCAGCAUUGUCAAUCCCGAUUGGAUUUGUAUCAGCCAAAGACGAUGACCAUAUCAUGCUACCUGUUGGUAUGCAGAUUGUUGGUGGGUUGUGGCAGGAGGAAAAGGUGCUGAGAGCUGGACAUGUUUGGGAGACUCAUUUUAACUGGAAAAAGAUGCAGUUUACUACUGAUAGAAACUAG